UCUCCUUCCUUUUCCCUUCCAGCCAAGUCAGGACAUCAACAGCGCAGAUCUCUGCCACCUCAGCUUUUUUUGGCAUCUCUUGAGCUGGAAGGAGAGACUGCAUUUGUCCCCACUCCCACCCCUUAGGAGUCCUGGUCCAGCGUCGUCUUAAAACUAAGUAGAAAACUCUUCCUGAAGGACGGAAUUAAUUCCUAAGUGACUGGAAGGCAUGGAGUCACAAAUGAGUUGAGGUCAACACCCCACCCCAGCAGUCCCUUUCCCUGAGCAGGACCUUCAAAACUCCAGAAGAUGUGUGACCAGCCAAAAUCCCCAUGCUCCCCGCCAAAAUCUCCUUGCUGCCCACCAAAACAUCCAUGCUGCCUGCAGAAACCUCCAUGCUGCCCACAAAAGCCCCUGUGCUGCCCGCAGAAGUCCCCAUGCUGCACGCAGAAGCCCCCAUGCUGCAUUCAGACCAAGUGCUGCUGUCUGGAGCCCAAGCCUGAAUGCACUUGCCUUAGUAAGGAGUCUGAGCCCCCAUCACCCCAAACUCAGAACAAGAAUUCCCAAACCCAACAGCAGCCCCAAAGUCCAAAACAGGGGCCCAACCUAGGUAACUUGGGGCAAAAGAAGCCAAACAAGUAGAGGGGCCAGGCCAAUGACUUGGUGGGAUCAGGGUAGACCUACAUUUAGAAAAGCUGUCUCUCAGUGACAACCACAUAGUACAAGCAGCAGCCCCUAUUUCCCUUCACAGCCCCCCCAGUGUAGGGAGGCCUCUAACUGGAAAUGGAAGGCUGAAGAGACUGGAAUCAUCUUUCCUCGUGAUCCUGACAUUAGAAAGCACAAAAAUAAAAGAGCAUUAA